AUGGACUGUAACUGCGUCUCGGACCUGCUCUUCACUCCGCCGGUGCCCGCACUCUGGACUCCGGGCUUCGCCUUCCCCGACUGGGCCUACAAGCCCGAGUCUUCGCCUGGCUCCCGGCAGAUCCAGCUGUGGCACUUCAUCCUGGAGCUGCUCCAAAAGGAAGAGUACCAGGGUGUCAUUGCGUGGCAGGGGGACUACGGCGAGUUUGUCAUCAAGGACCCCGAUGAGGUGGCCCGCCUGUGGGGGAUCCGCAAGUGCAAACCCCACAUGAACUACGACAAGCUGAGCCGGGCCCUGCGCUACUACUACAACAAGCGCAUCCUUCACAAGACCAAAGGCAAGAGGUUCACCUACAAGUUCAACUUCAGCAAAGUCGUGCUGGUCAACUACCCGCUGCUGGACAUGGCCACAGCCCCCCUGCUGCUGGCCCCCGGCCCCUUUGGAGGCGCUGCGGGGCCCGAUGGGCCUCCCCUCACUCCCGAGACGUUACAGAGCCUGUUCUCCACCCCGCGCUUGGACCCCGGAAGUAGGACCCCUCUGUUUGCCCAACACCUCUCUGCCCCCGACACGGACAAGCUCCGGCUGGACGGGCCAUUUCCCUUCCUGGGCUCUGGUACUGCUGGCUACUCGAAACCCCCGGCCCUCCUGAGCCCCUACGGCCGCACCUUCCCCGAGUACCCCUGGAACUUUAACCCCUACUUGGCGAGCCCCUUCCCCAAGCUGCCCGCCUCUCUGUACCCCCCGCAUUUCUACCCCAACCCCCUAGCGGGAUCCUUGGGCCAGCUGCCCGCGGGGCCGGGGGGAGGAGGCCCUGCCACAGCCCCACUCCUGGCAGGCCCCACGGGAGACGGGCCCGGAUCCCAGAGGGCAAGCCUGGCCCCGGGUGCCCGUCUGGCCCUGCCGGGGACAGGGGUCCCCGAGGUUCCCUCUCUGGGGCCCAAGGAGGAAAGCGACUCGGAGCUGGAGGUGACCGACGUCAGCGGCUGCAGCUCGGACAGUGAGGGUGACGACGGCGCUCCGGGCCCCCCCGAGGGCCAGGGGGGCCGAGGCGGGCCCGGGAGCUGAGGGGACAGGGGACUAGGGCGCCGGGAAUCCUGCCUCCCUCCCCCGGGGGCCAGGGUCUCUUCCCCCACCUCCCCCUCCAAGCUCACCUCCCCGCUCCGCCCCAGGGCAAGGAAGGUACGGCUGGUCCCUUCCGUGCCCCAGCGAGCCGCCCCCACAUCUCGCCCUUCCUCCCCAGGCAGAGGGGCCGGGCUUCCCUCCCUGCCAGGCCAGAAGGGUCCGUCUCUCCUCUCCAAGCUGCUCUCGCGCCCACAGCCCAGCCCGGGACGGGCAGGGGACGCGGGGCCAUCCCUUCCCCUCCCUGGCUUGUCUCCUCUGCAAUGACCAGACUCACAGCGCCGGGGUCCGAGCUGGCUCCGAGAAGCCCUUCCUACACGGCCGGCCCCCCGGAGGAGAGGACACAGGGCAGCCUCCCCCAGACCAGCGGGCCGCUCGGUACCCUUCUCCCCGCCCCCCGGAGCCCGUCCUUCCCCCGGGCGCAGCGGACGCAGGCUUCGUCGUCACGAGGGCCGAGGGCCUGCUCCCCAGGUGCCCGGCGGGGCCGGGUCCGAGACGACCUCUUCCGGUUCUCGUGCACAAGCCUCCCCCUGCCCCAGCCCCAGCCCCAGGAGUCCCCAGCUGUACCCGCCCCCUUCCAAAGUGCAAUAUGGUGUCACCCCGGCCCCACCCACGUGUUUGUGAGCCCCGCCCCAGCCUAGUGGUCAUGUGCUUGUGUCUGAAGGAGGAGCUCCUUCGUGCCCACCCCACCCCGGGCCAGGGGGCUCAGAGCAAUAAAUCCGCCCGCCCCCCCGCUCCGGAAGUUUAUUACAAAAAUAAAAAAGGAGAAAAAACAACGGGCAAACUGAGUCACGUGUUGGGGGGGCGCGGACAGGACCCGGGACAGCUCCAGAAGGGCUCCAGAGCACUUUCUUCAGGGUUGACGGAAGGGGCUUGGCUGGAGACUCAACCCCAGCGGGCAGCGAGAGGACUCCGAGGACAGGGCCAGGUCCGGAGCCAGGCACUUGUGGCUGGGUGACCCCGGCCAAGUCACUGACGACCCCCCCACACACACAG